AUGCCUGUAAAGACGGUGUACAUCAUGCGGCACGGCUUCCGCCUCAACUGGCUCACGACCGACUGGAAGAGCCCGACGAAUCUACCGCGCGAUCCGCCUCUGGCCGCAUUUGGCGAGACUCAGGCAAAGGAGGUCGCCGACUAUUUCUUGUCGCUGCCCGAGGAUGAGCGGCCGACUGCAAUCUGGAGCUCGCCUUACUAUCGGUGUCUUCAAACCAUUGCGCCCACCGCAGAGGCGCUCGGGAUCCCGAUCUUCAUUGAGCACGGUCUCUCCGAGUGGUACUCUCCCGUUGAGCCCGGCACAGGCCUGCACCCACGCCCCGGAUCCGCACACUCCCUUCAACAGCAUUGCGCACACGUAUCACCCGAAGGCUGGCAAUCGGUUUACCUUCCCUCCCGCCACGGCGAAGACGUGCCGGACUUCCACGACCGUGCCGCCGAUACGCUCCGCGCUCUUAUCCCUCUGGCCGAGAAGACUCUACCUGAGAACAAGCACGAGCGCAUACUCCUCAUGAGCCACGCCGCGACCGUCAUCGGGCUCGCCAGGGCACUCUGUGGAAAUAGGGAGCUGCCGUUCCGCGCGGGAUGCGCGUCGUUGACGCAUGCCAGGCGCAAGGAGGACGGCGUGGUGGGCGCGUUUGAGAUUGUGACGUUGGGGAGCGGGAAGCAUCUGAAGGACGGGUUGCAAAGGGAUUGGGGGUUCGAGGAUAUUCAGAUCGCCGAUGGCAAGGUCGUGAAUGAUAAAGGUGUACCCGGAACCGAGGGCAAGGAUCCUGGUCCUUCGGGGCUGCAAAUCCCCGUAGAGCAGCUCGCGCGGAUGUAG